AUGGGGUCGGUACAUUUGGCGAAAGCCUUGGCGCAAUGGGUAAUCGCCGCGGGGAAUCUCGAUCAGGACAAGUAUGAGGAAAUGGUGUGGAACAAGACCAAGGAUGUAAUGAAGGACUUUGUGGACUACAUGGAGAGCGACGAUAUAAUACCGUAUGCAGCGAACUGUGAUAACAAAGGAUGGGAGCACUACGCGCAUGAGAAUGGUGCAAAAUUAGUAACACAGAAAGUCGGAGAUAGAAUUGUAUGCGUACUUAUGGUAGGGGCAUUGUAUUUCAUGAAUGGGUGGCAUCGUGCAGAACAAGUGAGAACAAAGGAGGAAGCCAUUACCGAAAACAUAAGGGAGCACUUACGAUGCAUCAUAGUACACAUGUUUAGCGAAGUAUUAAACGAAUCCGUGUGCAAAAGUACGUGGGGUACAUAUUACGCAUGGCACACCGUGAAAGAGAUGGAGCAUGGGACAGGCGGUGUUUCGGGAGGUUUAAUACAGCAGCGGAAAUGUGGUAGAGAUUUAGUUGCGCAUGGGAACAUAGGGGGACUUAGGUUAAAUGCAGCAGUCAAAGAAUGGUUACAGGCGAAUAGCACACUACAACAACGACUUCAAAACGUGAAGGGAACUAACACGUGUCAGACCAAAUGGCAGAAGGGAUGGAAAAUAGCGGAUUUCUUGAACAAUGAGAAUAUGGAGCAUAAGGACACCUUAGGCAUUACUGAGAUAGUGAAAGGAUUGAAGGAAGGCAUGACCGACAUAUUUAGGGAAAUCCGGAAACAGGUAGAGCAAGACGUAAAAAAAAGGCAACACGCAAAGAACAGGAAGUCCGCGACGGAUGGCAAAAACGGACAGGCCGCCAGCGAGGCGGCAACACCAUCAAAGGACACGUCAGCAGACAAGGCCAAAAAAGACCAGGAUCAAGGAAGCACCACAUCAUCAGACACAGCAUCCGGAACACCCGGGCAAGAAUCAGUAGGAACCACAGAUACCACACCCGCAGGAGUAGCAUCAGUGGGGAGGAAUGAUCCCACAACAUCAGCAACAACGUCAUCAACUUCAGCACCAACAACGUCAACAAGGUCCGUCCCAACAACAUCGACAACAACCCAGACAACAUCAUCUACAUCGCCUGAAUCUAAAGGUAAGGGGACUACGUGUACGGCAAGUACCACAAGUGCUAGUACACAUGGUGCAGCCAUUACUCUGAACUUUGGGUGUACCUCAGACCAGGAGUUAGGAGUUCCACCCAGUACACUCCUGCGUCCCACUGAUGCAGCGCCAGGAACUGAAGCAGGGGCCACCAACAACACCAAGGAUCACACAACACCAGCAGCAGCACCAGCAGCGGAACCAGCACAGGGCGCGGGACCGGAGCCACCGGGACCUCCACGUGAACCUUCUGCUGGAACCAAAGACAAAAGUACGGCGCAGCCAUCCGGUGCUGACAGCAACAUUCAGAUGCCGGUUGUCGCUAAGCCAGGUCCUACAGGACCCGAAGGUCGUGGAGGUGGCACCCCCACAAACUCUGAUGAUGCCGUAUUCGGCCCAUGGUCCAAAUCAAACAAUAGUAUCUAUCUAUGGACAAUAGAGACAGCGCCCUCCGACAGCGGCGGAAGCAGUGGACGAAGUGCUUCACCGGAUGGACAUCCACAAGGAGGUGCACAAGAUGGAAAACCAGGCAGUCCCUCUAAUCAUUACUACGGUGUACCCUGUACUACGAAGGAUGGCAACCCUGAUUGUGAUCUCAAAUUAGCAGUACCAUUUGAACCUACCACAAACCUCUCGGAUGGACACUUUGGACCCGGUGCCACACCCGCUAUACGGGACUUACACCACGACGGAGUCGGCAAGGAGGACGUGCCCCUCGAUAUUCCUGACCUAACCGACACCGUCCUUACCGCCACUACUCCCGUACUCUUCUUCCUGUCCGCCGUCAUCGUCGCCGUUCUGGGUUAUUCCCUUUGGAAGUACUUUGCGCACGUCGCCAAACGACGACGAACAUAUCGAACCGUUCGUGACGUGCCGUCACCGCCACUAGACGAAGACAUAUGGCAACAUCUACAACGCGACGAGCCACCACCCGCUUACGGGUACACGAUGAUUGUCGUGCAGGAGUUUGCGCGUGACUUGGAGCGGGACCCGAUUAUGUGCAGUAGAAUCUUGGAUGUUCCGACCUCGCACGCCGCUUUAGCAACCCAUGAUUCGACAACCCUGCAUCCACCCACUGACUGCGCCGGCACAGAUCCAUGUCCACCUAACGAAGAUGACCCCGAUCCAUGGAAUUGUAUGGAAACCACACAGUUAGCAACGGACCCUUCUGCAUCUAACGCCGAUGACCCAGAUCCAUGGAGUUGUAUGGAAUCCAUACAGUUAGAUGCAGAACAGCGUCGUGCUCAUUCCAACCCCGAGCACGCGCCGUCGUACUGCACCCACUGGAUUAACUGGAUUGAAGAACACAAACAUAUUUUGCGCGAGUGCACGACGCAGCCGUGGUUUUUGCAGCUAACGUUGGAAUGGAAACAAUUCCUGCGUGAGCACAUGGUGGCAAACGAAGCAUCCGCUGCGCACAGGAAAGCUGCAUCCAUGGAAACGCAGAAAUUGCAUGCAUGGAAAGACUGGGUAGCGCAACAACAUCGGCAAAUGAGUAUGUAUGGCCAGGAGGCGUGGUUUCCACGUUUGUUGCAUACUGUACAGGAGGAGAAAGUGUCGGACAACGGCGCCGUACCACGAGUAGAAAAACACUUAGAAGUGGAAAAUGUAAUGGCCGCAGAAGAUGUUCUAAGAGUGCGACAUGCACAACCGUCGCAACUGCAUAAGCACACUUACAUGAAAAAACCGUUAACCGCUAAAAUAUGGAUACUGAUCUUGGCAUUAAUCAUUGAGGAGUGCGAGCUUGAAAGCCGUUUGCAGGAGAAGGAGUUAUAUGUGGAUAAUUUAUUAGAACACCUUUGA